AUGUUCUCCUACCUCGUGAGCCCGAGGGACCUACGCAAUGCCAUGAAGACGAAUCCACCAUCCGACAUCUCCCUCGAGCCACAAGUUGUUCCCUUAUGCGCCUCCUGGUUUCCAGUCGAUGGGAAUGAGGGCCGCACCGGUAUCCAGACCUUCCGUCAGAAACGGAUCCCGAAUGCUCGAUUCUUGGACCUCGAUAAGGUUAUCGACACGCACUCCCCUUUUCCUCAUCUGCUACCCAGCGCCGUGGACUUCGCCGCUUCCAUGAGCGGGUUGGGCAUCCGUAAGGAGGACAUUCUGGUAGUGUAUGAUACAAAGGAGCUGGGCAUCUUCUCGGCACCGAGGGUGGGAUGGAUGUUGAAGACUUUUGGCCACCCGAAGGUGCACAUCCUCAAUAACUUCCGGCUGUGGGUGGAAUAA